AAUCGCAGAGCAGGCAGGGCAAGGUGCGCGCGGUUGGACCUUGAUCCCACAGAACCAUGCUGGCUGUGCUGGUGGCAGCCGCGGCCGGGCUGCUGCUGCUGCUGCUGCUGCUUCAAGGCAGCUGGUUCCCCUUCCUAUGGGCUGACCUGGGAGCCUUUGUGAAUAUAUUGAGCACAGCCCUGCGCUGCCGCUGGCGUUUGUCCCGCCGGCCUCCCGUCACCCUGCUGCAGGUUUUCCAAAGCCACGCUCGACGCCGACCCCAUCACCCCCUGCUGCUGUUCCAGGAUGAGGUGCACACCUUUGGGGACGUGGAACGGAGGAGCAACCGCGCCGCUCGCGUCUUCGCCCUGCGUUUGGGUUUGCAGCCGGGUCAAACGGUGGCCGUUUUUCUCCCCAACCUGCCUGCCUACGUCUGGACGUGGUUGGCGUUGGCCAAGCUGGGCUGCGCCAUGGCCUGCCUCAACUGCAACGUGCGCGGCCGCGCGCUGCUGCACGCAAGGAGCGCCGCCAGGGCUGACAUCCUGCUCAGCUGCAGUGAGCUCCGGGCCGCUGUGGAAGAGGUGCUGCCUGACCUGAAGAAGGAAGGCGUCCGCGUCUUCUAUCUGAGCUCCGCGUCGCCCACGCCGGGGGUUGAGGCUCUGCUGCCCUCCAUCGAGGCUGCUUCUGACGAGCCGAUACCCGACCAGCACCGCGCCAACACCGCACACAACUCCAAAGCCCUCUACAUCUACACCUCUGGCACCACUGGGCUGCCCAAAGCUGCGGUGAUCACAGAGAUGAAGGUGAUGAUGGUGGCCAACCUGGCGCGGAUGUGCGGCCUACGAGAAAACGACGUCGUCUACACGACGCUGCCGCUCUACCACUCGGCUGGGCUCCUCAUCGGGGUGGGAGGCUGCCUCGAGGUCGGAGCCACCUGCGCCCUGCGAGCCAAAUUCUCCGCCUCCCAGUUUUGGGACGACUGCCGCCGCUACAACGUCACCGUCAUCCAGUACGUGGGGGAGCUCAUGCGCUACCUCUGCAACUCCCCCAAGCGGGCCAACGACCGGGAGCACGGCGUGCGUUUGGCCAUCGGCAACGGCAUGAGGGCGGCGGUGUGGAAGGAGUUCCUGCAGCGCUUCGGCCCCGUCUCCAUCAGUGAAUUCUAUGGGGCCACCGAAGGCAACGCUGGCUUCAUCAACUACACCGGAAAGAUCGGGGCCGUGGGAAGGGCCAACGUGUUCCUCAAGGUUUUCACUGGCUUUGAGCUCAUCAGGUACAACGUGGAGCAGGAUGAAGCUGUACGCAACCAAGAUGGAUUCUGCAUCCGCGUCCAGCCCGGUGAGACGGGGCUGCUGGUCAUCAAAAUCACCUCCAACACCCCUUUCCACGGCUACGCGGGCGAUUCCCAGAAGACGGAAAAGAAGAUUUUGAGGGACGUCUUUGUGAAAGGCGAUGCCUUCUUCAACAGCGGCGACCUCCUCGUGAUGGACCAUGAGAGAUUCCUCUAUUUCCAGGACCGCGUCGGGGACACCUUCCGCUGGAAAGGUGAGAACGUGGCUACGACAGAAGUGGAGGCCACUCUGGCCAUGGUGGAUUUCAUCCAAGAGGUCAACGUCUAUGGGGUGGCUGUGCCAGGUGAGGGAAGUGCGGCCAUGGCGGCCGUGCGCCUGAAACCCGGGCAGAGCUUCGAUGGCCAGAGCCUCUACGCCUUCACCAGGGACACGCUGCCCAUCUACGCUGCACCCCGCUUCGUGCGGAUCCAGGACGUCCUGGAGAUCACCGGGACCUUCAAGCAAUGCAAAGGCAACCUGGUCAAAGAAGGCUUUGACCCCAACGCCAUCACAGACCCGCUCUUCUUCCGCGACGAGGUGAAAAAAUCCUACGUGCCCAUGAACCCCAACAUCUACGCCAACAUCCUGGAUGGGAGCCUCAACCUGUAGGAGGAGGAGCUGUGCCACGGCUGAUCGUUUUCACAGACAAAUUUUGGGGGGGGGGAAUCAUUUCUGACAGCACCGGCGCACGAUGAGGGCGAGAGGCUGAUGGCAGCACUCGUUUUCACCCAGAAAUUAAAGGCUUAAUUCCAGUAAUUCGGGUCAAGCUGGAUGCCUGGAUGAUGAGAGGUGUUUUCUGAGCUCCCAGCUCAGAACUGAUGCUGAUCAACAUCAGCUCUGAGCUGAUGAGAGAUGGUUUUCUGCUUCUCCCCCAAACCCUCCCCAUGGCCAGGAAGGCGUUCGGUGCCAGCCCUACAAACACACCGGGCCCCCGAGACGACUCUGCCCUCCCAACAAAUCCAACACAGAACUGAUUUAUUUCCCUCCACCCAAUCUCCUGUUCCAAGCACCUCCAAGCAGGUUGGCUCGCUCAUCAAUCAGCUCACCAAUUCGGUCGACUCUCCCUUCUAACAAUUCUUCCUGGUGAGCAAAAUCCAACUGAGAAAUGCCAUCCUUAAUCCUUGCCUCCGGAUGCCAGCCGACCCCCUUGCUUUUUUUUGCCUUUUUUUCCCCCCCCCC